UUUGUAUCGUCCAAUGAGCACACCCCUGACGGCAUAAAAUUCUGACAAGUUGACUUUGACAGCAAAAGUUACGUAAAUAAGUCCACACGGGGACUCUCAUCUGCCUGCAUAACACUUCACACUUCCCUUCAACAUGAGUCUAAACUCAAAAUACUACGAUCAGCCGGAAGGCAAAGACUUAUCGGGAAAAAUGAUUGCCACUAACAAGGCAGCUCUGACCGGAGGAUUAAUUUGGUCCAUAUAUGAUGUUGUGCUGUUCUCGAAGCCCCAAGGAUACCUGCCAACAAUCGGUCGUAUUGCCUCAAUCACGGGUCCCUUCAUGGGAAUCGCGACGGCGUUUACGCUGGGAACCUACACAGCCACCAAUGUCCGUGGAAAGGAUGACACGAUAAACUAUGUCAUUGGAGGAUAUUGUGCGGGAGCCGUUUAUGGAGCGUGGAAGCGAAAUUUGGCGGCCGGCAUUGCAACAGGAACCUUCUUUGCUCUCCUGGGUCUUACGAAGAAGCUGUCAAUCAUGGAGGGAUGGGAUUUGUUCCCGGAACAAAAGGGACGCGGUUGGAUUUCACUUCACGAACACGAUUUCACUCUUAUGCGCGAUCCAGCGAAGAACUGGACGACAGGCAAGGAGCAAUAGACGGGACGUGAUAUAUCAAAGUGUUUGCUGUUAGAACGUUCUUUAUUAAAAUACAAAACUCAAGGAAAUGUU